UAAAAAACAAAAACAAUAACGAAAAGUUUCCAAUGAUUCAUUAUUUUUAGCUGACUUAAACUGACUUGUUUCACGAUUUAUAAGCAAAUGCACAAUCGAACAUACAUAUCACAUAACUGUCUAAGUAAGCGUGCAUUCCCCUUUAAAGCGUAGUUCACUGCAGUUUAUUGCCUUGAAAGAUUGUACCAUGCACCGCAUCGCAGACUUGAUGAAUGCCAAUAGUGAAUAGUUUUGAAAUAUGCAAUGCUCUAUAAAUUGAAUGGCAGCCAACAUGCUAAAAAUUAAUCUUGCAGAAAUCGUUACAGCGCAAACAGCUCGUGCAUGAGCAUUAAAUAAAAUGGUUAAUUUCUUUAACAAGUGCAAGUGUUUCCGUAUUAUUUGGGAGACUACAUUGGAUAACAAACAACUGCGAUAUAUACUUUACCUGUUCUGUUUGCUCAGUUGUCGAGCGAUAGCCAAUGGCAAGGAAGCAACGCUGCAACGUCGCUUCAUGUGGAAACAAAUGCACAUAGAUAAUUUAGUAGGCAACAAGGCCACCAGGCCAUACUCCAUAAAACAUAUGACGUCCGAUCUAAUGCCCAAUGGACACUCAGUGCUUACAAAUAAACUAUUGGAUUAUUUACCUUCGGAGACCACCAGAAUAAAAUACAUUAUCCAUAACCCCACAACAAAGAAACCUAUGAAAAUUAUCAAAAUUCGACCAAGCAAAAAAGUUGUAAAAAUAAUAACGAAGCCAACGAUUACAACCGACUUAAAAACGGUAAAUUCAUACAAACAAUCAAUACCCGCGUAUCUCAAUAGUGACCAAAUGGAGAAGAUUGAAAAAGAACAAGAGUUAAUUGCCGAAGGGCAAUUAUCAGUUAAAAGCAGCGAUGUUCACCAACAAAAUCUUCUUUCCGAGAAUGAAAAAUACUCAUCACAGGCGAACAAAGAAAUUACGGAUGACCACAAUUCCUGGUUGCCAGUGGUUGGUGACACUAGUGGAGUAGGUUCUACCUACUCUCCGCUCAAACCAAAUACACUAAGUCCACUACACACCAGUUUUAUGGCCGAAAGUCUGCCUAAACCAGAAAAACAGAUUUCUCAACAACCGAUAUCGUCUGUUGGUGUGCAAGAUCAAUACAAUAGUUAUGAUUACCAAGACCAAAAACUACAGUCAAAUGGUUAUGAAGUAACUGAACAUAUUGCUGAAGAGUCUAUAGCAUUACCCUUAAUGCAAGGUUCACAAAUUAGUCUUCGAACUGCUCCAUCUAAAUUUUCUUUAAUACAACCCACAAACACAGCGUAUAGAGAUAAGUUUAGCUCAACAAUCACAACAAGUACCUUGACAGAGGAGCCACCAAACUACCCAGCCAAUUUCUUAAGACGUUUUCAAGAACGGUUACAAACUGCUACAAUCUUACCAUCUUCCAUACCUGCAAACUCUGGUCCACCGACGAGAUCAAAACAACGCAAGAACUCAGAAGUACUUAACGGCGAUUGGACUCCAAGCAAUAUUAGUAACACUAGAGAUACAUUCAAGUUUAGAGGUCGGUUUCAAGGAUUGCCCACGCGGAUCAAAAGUGAAAAAUGGCCACCAGAGGUUGCAACUUCCACGACUACGUCUCAUUUUGCUUCAGAUAAACUAUCAUUUGGCAACUAUGGCGAAAUGAAACACUCAGUAUUAAUUUCUACUACUACAACACCAAUGCUAGCAACAGAAAUCAAAGAACAAGUCACCUCUCCUCCAACUGGCAGAUCAAGAAAACAACCAACUGCGCCAGCUAAGGUGAGACAAAGUGUCGAAUUACCUAGGCUACAGAAUAAGCGAGAACAUAACCGUGGAUCAAUUAAAUUUGGUGACAAAAUUUAUACAGAAGAAUAGGUUUAGAUUGUGCACAAACAAUCUCUUAUCUUUCCUCACAUCUGUUAUACACAAUGAAUUCUCGUUUACAUAGUAAUAGAAACUAAAGAAAAUUAAACAGAUAAAAUAACAAAUAGUCAAAUUACAAAAUUGCCUCAGGUAGUACAGAGUAUUACAUAAUGUGCUGAUUAGCAGUACCAUGCAUCAACGUGGCAUUGAUGGGGUGCAGCUUUGUGCUGAACAAAUACAAUUUUUGGAGAAAUUUUAGGUUGAUCAAUUUGUUGUUGUUGUUAUUGUAGCGGUUAUCUGGUGUUUAGGGGGCAAGGCGCAAAUUAAUUGUCAUCAAAAUCAUUUAACGAGUGGUCUAGGAAGCGUGCUUUUUCGACGAGUCGGACCAUAGGGAGAGGGGUUAGUUUUUAGAUGAGUUGGUUUUUGCCCUAUCAAAGAAGUGAUUACAGUCAAGCGGCACAUUGCACACAAUACAUAUAAUAUAUGGUAGAACGGGGUUUAUUCUCGAUAAAUAGGAACUUAACCACUUGCUACUGCAUCUAGAAUGAAUUUGCGUCUGCAAUGGGUGGUGGUUUGACUUCAAGGACGCCAUUCACUGGGAGGGAGACAAUGAAGAUGUUAAUAGCUCCACUGUGAAUGACGGUCAGUGCGAGUCUAAAAUCAGUUGUGUUCGUAGUGGCGGUGUAGUUAGUGUAGUGGAGUUGGAGCCUAUAUCAUACAUUUUAUAUUAUAUUUAAAAACAAACGUCUUAAAUAUUUUUAAAAAGGUUGAAUUUCGCCAAAUCCAUCUCCUUUGGUAUUUAUGGAUGCUCUCCAUACAAUGUCAACAUCAUACAAUUAUCUGCGUAUGAGGUGAUGGAAAUUCUCUGGUGGUUGAGGGUGUUUCGAGAUAAGAAGUUAAACAGGGGUUAACAAGGAGAGAGAAUACCACCCUGUGGAAUACCCUGCUUAAUUCUUCUUAACUUAGAGUUUUGAACUUGAAAUAAUACUGAUGGUUGCCGACAGAUCAGAUAAUUCAUGUUGAUGGUCUGCUAGGCUCAGAUGAUGAGUGAAGAUCGCGAAUAAAAAAGGCCUCAAGUGUCUUCACUACUGGAGAAAGGAGAGUAGAUGAUAAGACUCUUCUACGUUGUCGGAUUUCCCAGAUUUCAGUUGAGGGGCCAUUUUUCUAACAUUCCACACAUCGGGUAUAUAAAGAGUGGUCAACGACAGAUUGAGGACCUUUGUUAGAUAUUUUACUCACGUCGAAGCUAGACAUGUUUAUACCGUCUAGGCAGAGAGACUUAUACUAUUUCGCCUUGUUAAUGACAACUUCAACCUCCGCACCGGUAAAAGUUAGUGGCUCGCAGUCUUUUGGCAUUUUGUUUAUUCAUCGGCUAACACAUCUUUUGGCACAAGCUUACUCACGCCGAUGGAGAGGUUACUAGACUUCAAGCUUUGCACCCAUUUCGACUGCAUAUGUUUAUUUACCAUUUGCCAUAUCUCCUAAUUGAGAUCACUUAUGCUUGUAACUGAGGGGAUGUACAAGUACAUAUAUUAUAUAUCAAAUAUCAUUUCGAAAUCGCCUGAUCGUAUAGCUAUGCCCUGACAAUCUAGGGUAGUAUCCAUGCGGUUGUUGUUGCCGUCGAUAAGACGAUAUUGCACAGUGUUUUGCCGUGAGAAGGCUAGGCCUCAUAUGUCAAUUAGUGUGUGUUUGGCAGCUAUUUGUUUACGACACAGUACGUUUUUCUGACGAUUUUUAUCACGGAUUUAACAACGAGUUUGCUUAAAAUUUUGUGUUUCCAGUGGAAUCAUAUCCACGGAAUCAUUGAAAAUGUUGCAGAAUUGUUUUGGGGAAGCUAUUUUAACACGAUUAUUUGAGUGACACUUACCUAAUGUGAGUCGUUUGUCCAAAUCUGUUAAUGACGAUAACAUUGAAAAAGUUAAAGAAACAGUGCUUGAAAAUCUACGUGUUGCAUCAGUGAGAUAGCAGAGGAUCUCAAGGUCUCUUUUGGAUCUACUCAACCGUUUUGGUUAAUGUUUUAGGUAUAAAGCACGUCAAUGCUAGACUCGAACUAAAGAACUUGAACCUUUUUCAAAACCGACGUAGAGUAGAGGUCACAAAUAACAACCGAAUAAUUUCAGAUGACGAGACGUAAGUUGGGAAUUUAUAAAUAUGAGAUCAAAACUGACCACCAAUCUAGCGUAUUGCCGAAAACGGAAAACCACGUAAACAUAAAACCACCUUCACAUUCUAGCAUGAUUGUGACUGACUUUUAGAACAAACGAACAACAAGAGUCAUCGUCAUUGUCCAUGUGACUUUUUUCUGUUUUUGAAACUGAAAAAUCCGCUUCGAGGAUCGCGCCAUGACUGUACCAAUCCAACCAAACAUUUUCAUCCAUUUGGUUUGCACGCGCAGUUAAUACGGACCCGUCUGGGUCAAAUUGUAUCUUGAGUGGAAAAGUAAUAAAAUAAUUUUGUUCAAAAAUA